AGGUCAGUGGAGGGAUUGGCAGAGGGGGGUGGCGGAGACAGAGCGGUUGGAAAGGUGAAUGAGUCUGGCAGCCGUAUUCAGGAUGGACUGAAGCGGGGAUAGCCUGUGGCGAGGCAGGCCAGUGAGGAGGAGGGAGUUGCAGUAGUCCAGUCGUGAUAUGAUGAGGGAGUGGAUGAGCUGUUUAGUGGUUUCUGGGGUUAGGAACGUGCGGAUUUUGGCGAUGUUGCGGAGGUGGAGUCUGCAUGAGUUUGUUAAAGAUUGGACUUGGGGCUGGAAGGAUAGGUUGGAGUCCAGAAUGACACCCAGUACUCUGGCCUGCGGGGCGGGUUUGAUGGUAGCGUUGUUGGAUGUGACAGAUCAG